AUGUUUGAUCACCAGCAGCCUGCCUUUCUCAGGUUGGCUUCUGGAAGACUCAUCAAGUUCCUGAUUUUCGAGCUCCUUGAGUUUGUUGCUUUUGCCACUCCCACGCUGGUGAUCAUGGAACAAUUUGCCACUGCCUAUCAAAAGAAAGCAGGUGGCCUCGGGAAAACGCAUUAUUGGCUCAUUGUUUCCUGUUCCAUUGCCUAUGUGGCUUCUGUGACUCUACUGGUAUGGGUUCCUGUUAAAGUUCUCUUAUACAAGAAGCAUCGCCUUUACAAAAAAAUUAAAGGAUGGAGACCUGUUAUGAUGAUGUGUGUUAUACUCACCACACUUCCCAGCUUCAGCUUUUCUAUCGCAGUGACCGAGGUUCAAAAAAAUAGUAAUGGUUCGACGGAUGGCUUUCCUGAGAAGUUACCUGACCUGCCAGUUUCUCUGGUUCUGACUUCCUUGGUUGUGGUUGAUAUAAUUGAAAACCUCAGGAUAUAUCCUCUUAGAGGACGGCUAAAGAGUGACGACGAUAGGCACAUCCAUACUUUGCAGCAAAUAAAAACUGUGACCGACCAAGUGAAACAAAAUGAAGAAAGCACUUCCCCUCAGCAGCUGGCCAGGAGGACCGAGGCAUCACUGCCACCGUCAGCGAGGACACAGAACCCCUCUCCAGUUCUGGCGAGACCCCAAGAGCCCUCUUUUCACUCAGGAAUCCUGGAAGCAAUGUCCCGGCAGGAUGAUCGUGCCCAGAUCUUCCUGUGGAGCUUUCUGCUGUGGUCUGACACCAUAGAAAUGGUGCGCGUGGCUGGCCACGCCGACGUGUACAAAUCAGGCUGGCUAUACCCAGUCUACAUAUUCAGUUUUAUUUCUCUCCUUCGAAUUAUAUUAACUCCUCAGAACCCUCUUCUGAAUUCCCUGGGCAUCCUUCUCCAGGAUUUACCCUUUAUUUUUGUUAGACUUAGUUUGGUCAUUUCCCUGGGAACUAUCACACCCGUAUUGGGCCUUUGUAAAAACAUCCUAGUGACUGUCUCUUAUGUGUACUUCAAUUACUUAACCACAUUCAGAUCUUUCUCUACCUUCGAAAUAUCUUCAUUUUAA